AGGCUUAAGCAUUAGCUCACUCGCUUUUUUGAGCCUUGGCAGUGUCUCACGAUACCAUCUUAGUUCUAGGUUUUUUUAUUUUAUUAGUAUUUUGUGAACAUGAAGUAUGUUUUAGUUUUAUUAAUGUGUGUUUUGGCGGGAGUUGCUACUGCAGAGAAGGAUGUUAUCAGAAUACCACCGAAUAUACUCCAAACCGCUUUGAAUUGCUUGGCCGAGACAGGCGUGAAUCCAGAGGUACUGCCCCAAUUUGGCAACCCGCACAUGUACGACAAAAACAACGACAAAAGAGUACAUAAGUUCAUAAAUUGCACUUUCACGAAAGUGGGAUAUGCGAAGAAGAAUGGACACGUGAGAAUCGACAGGGUUACCGAGGUUUUAUCUAAGGAUAUCGACGCCAACAAACGAGCAGGACUUAAGAAGGUGAUGGAAGAAUGCAAUAAAGAAAAUGGUAGUGAUGCGGCAGAGACCACGUUUAGGAUAUUCGGAUGUUUCAUCAAGAAUUCGCCUGUCAAACUUUCUUUAUCUUGAAUAGGGAGUUAAUUAGGACUGAAGAUUUAUCCCGUUAUUAAUAAAAAAGUUAAGCACACUUUAAGCAAAAUUAUGUUGUGUCACUAACGCACUUUAUAAUAUUUGAAAUUGACAGAAAGAGACUCAACUAUUUUUAUGAAUAACAGAGUUAUAAGUUUAUAAUUGCUAGCAAGUUAAAAUGUUUAAUUGUGACCAAAUUUUAGAUCUAAGAAAUUAUUCCGUGAACUAAGAUUAGUAAGUAGUGUAUUCUUUCAAUGGAUCGACAAUAAAAAUUAUGUUUUAUAUUUGUCAAGCUUUGGAUAUCGAUCAAAAGAAUUUUUCAUUUUUUUAUUAAUAAUUUUGUAUAGCUUCAGAAAAUAUAGCCUACCAUUUUUAUAUUUUAUGACAUAAAUAAACGGUGAAAAAAAAAAUUGCUAUAUAUAUUUCAGUAUUUUACAAGCUGAAGCUUGUAUGCUUUAUGAAAAGCUGGCUAUAGCUGGCUUAAUUAAUUUAAUUGAAUAAAAAACCUAAUCUUUCGUUUCUA